ACCUCCUCCGUGUCCGCUCCGCACCUCGCUCUGCUCCACCUCCGUGCCCGCUCCGCACCUCCUCCUUGCCCGCUCCCAACGCCUGGAGCGCUCGCUCUGCGGCUCACCUUUGUCCACCUCGUGCCCCUUGGCUCUCUGCCUCCGCCUCGCCGCCCACCCUUCCCACCCUCAUUCGCGGUCCAGCGGCGCCGCCGUGCGCUCGCUCGCUCAGCUGCCCGCGCCCAGCCCCAGCAUGUCGUCGCGCAUCAUCGUCGGCGUCUCGGCGCUGCUGGAGAAGAUGCGUUCCAGCGACGCCGACUUCCGGUACAUGGCGCUCAACGAUCUCAUGAGCGAGCUGCGCAAAGACGUCUCGGCCGCACCGCUCGAUGCUCAGCUCGAGACGCAAGUGGUGGCGCGCGUGCUCGACACGCUGCGCGACAAGAAUGGCGAGGUGAAGAACAUGGCUGUGCGCUGUCUGGGCAUUCUGGUCGCGAGAAUCAGACCGGCGCAGAUGCAGACGAUCGUCGAUCGCCUCACGGAGUUCAUCUCGUCCAAGGAGGAGGAGCAGCGCGACAUUGCUUCGCUCGGCCUCAAGACGGUGCUGGCGGAACUGCCGCUCGAGUCGGACAUCUCGACGAUGGCGGGUGCCAAGCUGGCGCCCAAGUUGCUGGCGCAGAUCGGCGAGGCUUCCUCAUCACAAGAGCUGCUCAUCGACAGUCUCGAUCUCCUGGCCGAUCUCUACUCUCGCUUCCCCUCCAUUCCCUCCUCCGACAAGGGCUUGCAGCGCGCCUCUCUCGAGGCUCUUCUCGCCUCGUUGCCCCACGAUCGCGCCGCCGUUCGCAAGCGUGCCGUGCUUGCCCUCGGCGCGUUGGCCGCCUCCAGCACGUCCGAGAUCUUCACGGCCCUUGCCUCGGCCAUCAUCACCGCGCUCGAUGCCGCGAGCGGCGCGGCGGGAGCGAAGGAGCAGGAAAAGGCCAGGACGAUGGUGCAGCUCGUGGCGACGCUCGCGAGGACUUGUGCGGCGAGGAUUGGCAGACGAUUGCCGGAGCUGAUGCCGCGCAUCCUGGCGGCCGUGCAGAGCGAGGACGACGAGCUGCGCGAGGCUACACUGCAGGCGAUGGAGGCGAUUCUCUUGCGCUGCCCCGCCGACGUCACGCCGUUCGUGAUUCAGAUCGUCGAUGAGGCGGUCAAGCUGCUGCGCCACGACCCAAACUAUGCAGGCGGCGACGACUCGGAUGACGAGAUGGCGGACGAGGAGGAUGAGGAUGACGAGGAGAUGCUCGAUGAGGCUGACUACUCGGACGACGACGACCUCUCCUGGAAGGUGCGCCGCGCCGCCGCCAAGGUCAUUGCCGCGGCCGUGACGACGCGGCACGAGCAGCUGCUGGCCUUUGUGCAGAGCGUCGCGCCGGAGCUCGUCUCGCGCUUCUCGGAGCGAGAGGAGAGCGUGCGCAUCGAGGUGCUGCAGACGUUCCUGGCGCUGCUGCGCCAGCUGCAGCUGCAUGCUGGCACGCCGCAGCUGACCGACGUCAUUGGCGCCAGUCCGGGAGCGCUCAAGCGGAAGAGAGAUGCGAUGGAGACGAGCGAGGGCGACGCGAGCCCACGCGCCCGUCUCGCGCAGCUGGUGCCCAGCAUUGCCAAGGCUCUGUCGCGCGAGAUGCUCAGCAAGUCGAUGGCGACGCGCUUUGCCAGCUACACGGUGCUGCGCGAGCUCGUGUUGGUGCUGCACGGCGGCCUCGAUGCGCACAUCGGGCUGCUCGUCGGCCCGACGGACAAGGCGCUGCGCGGAGUCGAUGCCGGCGCCAGUGCCUCUGGAGCCAAUCUGCGCGGCGAGGUGCUGCUCUUCCUGCGCGUCCUCUUCCAGUUUCACGCACCGCAGGCCUUCGAGGCACACCUGGCGCAGCUCGUGGCCGUCAUCGUCGCGGCGAUCGACGACAAGCUGCACCGCGAUGCCGUCGAGGCGUUUGCCGUGUGCAGCCAGCUCGUCGCCGUGCUGCGCCCGCUAUCCGGCAGUGGCAGCCCGGCAGGCUCGGCGUACAAGGCGCACGUGGAGCACAUCUAUCGCGCCGUGCUUGCGCGCCUGCGGCGCCCCGACUCGGACCAAGAGAUCAAGGACCGCGGCAUUGCGACGCUCGGCGUGCUGCUUGCACAUGCCGGCGACGACCUGGCCGCGCACUUUGACGAGUGUCUGCCGGAGCUGCUGGAGCGUCUGCGCAACGAGGUGACGCGCUUCGCCACCGUCAAGGUCGUCGGCCGGGUGGCGGCCAGUCGCGUCUGCCAAGGCGCCGCCUUUGAGGCCUUUGUGCGCGACUGCAUCGCCGAGGUCAGCACGCUGCUGCGCAAGAGCAGCCGGCCGCUCAAGCUGGCGGCGUUUGAGACGCUCGAUGCGCUCCUGCGGCGCGCAGGCGGCAGCGGCCUCGACGACGCGCUCUGCGCACAGAUCUUUGCUGAGAUCGAGCCGCUCAUGGGCGCCGAGGGCGAUGUCAACCUGCUGCCCAUGGCGCUGCACGCCGUCUCCCUCCUGCUCGAGCUCCACACCGCCACGGCCGCACCCACAACGCAGAGCCGCCUCGUGCCGCACCUGCUGCUGCUGCUGCACUCGCCGCUCAUGCAGGGUGCCGCCCUCGACGCCGUCACGAUGCUCUUCAAGACGCUGGCGCGCGUGCAGCCCGCCGCGGCGCCCGGCUGCAUCGAGGCGCUGAUGAGCACGCUCAAGGCGGCAUCGGGCAAGGGCAGCGCCACGCCUGCUUCGGCUCAGACGCACGCCACCGUGGCGCGCUGCAUCGGAGCCGUGCUCGUCUCGACGCCCCAACAGGCCGAGGCUGUAGUGACGGGCGCACUCAGGACGCUGGAGCGCGGCGAGGCAAAGUCGAGCGAGGUGCACAUCUACUUCAACCUCCUGCUGCUCGGCGAGAUCGGCCGCUUUGAAGACCUGGCAGCACGCAGCGGCGUGCUCGACGGCGUCGUGGCCUUCUACGCCGCAGACUCCGAGCAGAUCAGGAGUGCGGCGGCGUUUGCGCUCGGCAACAUGGCCGUGGGCAGUCUGGCCGUCGUGCUGCCGCUGCUGGAGCAGCACAUUGCCACGGACGACGCCAAGCGCCGCCUGCUGUCGCUGCAUGCGCUCAAGGAGCUCAUCAGCCAUGCCUCGCCCGCGGCGCUGGCGUCGAUUGCGCAGCGCCUCUGGACGCCCCUCUUUGAGCACUGCGAGACGGCCGAGGAGGCCACGCGCACCAUUGGUGCCGAGUGUCUGGCGCGCCUCACGCUCAACGAUCCAAAGACGAACCUGCCGCAGCUCAAGACUCGCCUGCACUCGCCCAGCGCCGCCACGCGCGCCGCCGUCAUCUCGGCCGUGCGCUUCACGCUGACCGAGAGCCGCGCCUCGUACGACGAGCUGCUGGCGCCCGAGAUGCUCGACUUUCUCUCGCUGCUGCAGGACGCGGCGCUCGAGGUGCGCCGGCACGCCGUCUUUGCCCUCAAUGCCGCCGCACACAACAAGCCGCACCUCAUCAGCGACCAGCUCGUCAUUCUGCUGCCGCUCCUCUACCAGGAGACGCAUCCGCGCCCCGAGCUGCUGCGCAAGGUCACCAUGGGCCCCUUUACCGUCACGUCGGACGACGGCCUGGAUCUGCGCAAGACGGCCUACGAGACGAUGCUCACGCUCCUCGACACGAGCCUGAGCAAGAUCGACCUCAACACCUACAUGGUGCGCGUCGUCGCCGGCCUGAGCGACGAGGACGGCAUCAAGGUGCUGUGCUACCUGAUCCUCGUGCGCCUGGCCGACGUGGCGCCGCUGCAAGUUGCGCCUCAUCUCGACAGCAUUGCGCCGCCGAUUCUCAGCACGCUCAAGCUCAAGCCCAAGGACGCCGCGUCGAAGCAGGACAUUGAGCGUGCCGCCGAGCUGCAGCGCAGCAUCUUCCGCGCCCUGGCGCAGCUCGACGGCGCCGUGCCCCACGCGCGCGCCGCGCCCAAGUUUGCCGCGCUCCUCGCCGAGGCAAAGGCGGUGCCGGGCGGCGCGUAUGCGGCGGCCAGUGCCGCGGCAGCGAGCGCGGCGGGUCGCAGGGCCUAGACGCAGACGCUGGCAGCGCCACCUCACCCGAGCCUCUGCGCAGCGCUCUUUCUCCGCUGCC